UGUGCUCAUCCCUAUUUUGAGGGCGUAGUUCCAACAAGUGCUGAGCAUCAUAAUUACCUAUUACUAAUAGAAUCUUGGCGUCGUGCCGCCCUAGAAUCUCAUUUUAUGUUUAGUUAUUAAUUAUUAACGAAAGAGCGUCGUUUGUUUGGUUCGCAGUAAGCGGGUGAGAUAGAAGAAGGCCGAAAUGAUCCCCUCGUCGAUUUUGGGGCGCAGCUACCUGCUUUUCAUGCUGGUGCUCGCUGUGGGCGUUUUCGCCCAGCACGAGUGGCAGGCGAGGGACGCCUUCGACGAGAUCAAGCGGCAGUUCGACAAGGUGAACGGGGAUAAUUGCCCCAUCCAGCACCACUCGGAUCUGUUCAUGCCCCUGGACGCGGUGUCCCACAAGCCGGACAUCAAGGAGGUCAACGUGAAUCCGGUGUUCCCGAAUCGCACAGCCCUGCUGCAUCUGCAGAAUAUGGCUUUGAGUAGGAGCUUCUUCUGGAGCUACAUCCUGCAGUCGCGGUUCAUUCGACCCGCCAUCAAUGACACCUACGAUCCCGGCAUGAUGUACUACUUCCUGUCCACCGUGGCCGAUGUCUCCGCCAAUCCGCACAUCAACGCCUCGGCCGUCUACUUCUCGCCGAACAGCUCAUAUUCCUCCUCGUAUCGCGGCUUCUUCAACAAGACCUUCCCGCGUUUCGGGCCACGAACCUUCCGGCUGGACGACUUCAACGACCCCAUCCAUCUGCAGAAGAUAUCCACGUGGAACACGUUUGAUGUCCAGGAUCUGGGCGCCCAUCAUCCGGACUCCAUAUCCAAGGACUACACCCACGAUCUGUACAAGAUCAACGAAUGGUAUCGGGCGUGGCUGCCGGACAAUGUGGAGGGACGGCACGACACGAAGAUCACCUACCAGGUGGAGAUCCGCUAUGCGAACAAUACGAAUGAAACGUACACCUUCCACGGACCGCCUGGCUCCGAGGAGAAUCCGGGUCCCAUAAAGUUCACGCGGCCUUACUUCGAUUGCGGCAGGUCCAACAAGUGGCUGGUGGCCGCCGUGGUGCCCAUUGCCGAUAUCUACCCCCGCCACACCCAGUUUCGGCACAUUGAAUAUCCCAAAUACACAGCUGUUUCGGUGCUGGAAAUGGACUUUGAGCGCAUAGACAUUAACCAGUGUCCUUUGGGUGAAGGCAACAAAGGACCGAAUCAUUUUGCGGACACGGCGCGGUGUAAAAAGGAAACAACGGAAUGUGAACCUCUCCACGGUUGGGGUUUCAGGCGGGGUGGCUACCAGUGCCGCUGUAAACCAGGUUGGCGGCUGCCCAACGUUGUGCGGCGACCCUAUCUCGGCGAGAUUGUGGAGCGGGCCUCGGCGGAGCAGUACUACAACGAGUACGACUGUCUCAAGAUUGGCUGGAUCCAAAAGCUGCCCAUUCAGUGGGAGAAGGCUCCCUACCACAUACGCCAAAAAUAUUUGGACCGCCACCCGGAGUAUCGGAAUUAUACAACCGGCUCGAGGUCUCUCCAUGCGGAGCAUUUAAAUAUUGACCAGGCACUGAAGUACAUUCAUGGAGUCAACUAUCGCACUUGCAAGAACUUCCAUCCGCAAGAUCUGAUUCUGCGCGGCGAUGUCAGCUUCGGCGCCAAGGAGCAGUUCGAGAACGAAGCCAAGAUGGCCGUGCGACUGGCCAACUUUAUUAGCGCCUUCCUGCAGGUAUCCGAUCCCAACGAAGUGUACUCGGGCAAACGUGUGGCCGACAAACCUCUGACGGAGGAUCAAAUGAUCGGCGAGACACUGGCCAUUGUCCUGGGCGACAGCAAAGUUUGGUCCGCCACAAUGCUCUGGGAGCGCAACAAGUUCACAAACCGCACAUAUUUCGCACCCUAUGCCUACAAAACGGAGCUCAACACGCGCAAGUUCAAGGUGGAGGAUUUGGCGCGUCUCAACAAGACCCACGAACUCUACACGGAGAAGAAGUACUUCAAGUUCCUCAAGCAGCGUUGGAACACCAACUUCGACGACCUGGAGACCUUCUACAUGAAGAUCAAGAUCCGGCACAACGAGACAGGUGAAUACCAGCAGAAGUACGAGCACUACCCCAAUUCGUACAGGGCCGCAAACAUCAAGCACGGCUACUGGACUCAGCCGCAGUUCGACUGCGACGGCUACGUGAAGAAGUGGCUGGUGACCUAUGCGGUGCCCUUCUUCGGGUGGGACAGCCUCAAAGUCAAGCUGGAAUUCAAGGGUGUGGUGGCAGUCUCCAUGGACAUGAUGCAGCUGGACAUCAACCAGUGCCCGGACUGGUACUACGAGCCAAAUGCCUACAAGAACACGCACAAGUGCGACGAGCAGUCGUCCUACUGCGUUCCCAUCAUGGGCCGUGGCUACGAAACCGGAGGCUACAAGUGCGAGUGCCUGCAGGGCUACGAGUAUCCCUUUGAGGAUCUAAUCACCUACUACGACGGCCAGCUGGUGGAGGCCGAGUAUCAGAAUAUAGUCGCUGAUGUCGAGACCCGCUACGAUAUGUUCAAGUGCCGAUUGGCCGGCGCUUCGGGUCUGCAAUCCGCUCUGGGACUUGUGGUCGCCCUGAUCGGGCUCACGCUCACCCUGCUGUAUAGAUUUAGUUAAGCAGCCGCACGCCAAAUAACUAACGCAAACUUCCGUCCAAACGAAACUCAAACUCACAUCAAAUCCAUUCCACAAAAGGUAGAACUACAAAGCAACACAGACACAAAAUUGACACCCAAAAACAAAACGAGCUGCCAGCCCAGCUCUCCGCCGUUGCUCCCUUUCGAACAUUGUCAUCAUUUAUCUGCAAGGCGAUUAAGUUGUAGACAUAAUCUAUUACAAUGAAUCUGGUUAUUUGUCAUUUCUAUCAAAGGCGGUAGAAGCAGCAGAAGCGGCAGCGUUGGCAGCGUCGGCAGAAAAGCGCAAACAGCCGCGCCUACUGCGCUCAGAUUACGGAAAUGCCGUGUAGCUCGUCUUUUUCUUUUUCGGA